UCCUCAUCUGUUAAUACAACUAGUGAUGAGACAGUGAUCAAGUUUACUAUGGCCAUAGGACCAGCAGGUUUCACAACAGAUCAGUAUAAGAUGUGUGCAAACCUUACUGAGGUUCACUUGAUUAAUUCUUCUAUCAGUACCAUUAGGGAUUUGUCAGAAUGUUCAAAUAUCAGUGCUGAUUGGAAUUCACUAAGUUUCACUCAAAUAUCUAUUUGUAAUGGCAGUAGAAAGUAUGCUGAUAUUGACGGGAAGAACUUUUGCAUGGCCUGUCCAGAGGGAACCUAUAUAACAGACCAAGACACUUGUGAUUUGUGUCCUGUGGGAACCUAUAAUAGUUUGACUGAAGUUUCUACAUGUAUUAGCUGUCCUAAUGGUACUACUUCAUACACUAAAGGAAAUGUUUUUCCUGGAUCUUGUACAGUUUUAUCCUGUAGUUCUGGACACUAUUCCUCCAGUGGAUUUCCACCAUGUAUACCAUGUCCAUUAGACACAUAUUUUGUUGACAGUCAAACUUGUGAAAAAUGUCCAAUUAACACAGAAACAGAGAUACGUGGUGCUGUUAACCAAACACAGUGUAAAAGUAAAUGUCCAGCUGGACAGUACAAUAUCUUUGGUAAUGAACCAAAUUGUCGCCCUUGUCCAUUACAUUACUACCAACCAUCAGAGGGCGCUAUUGGUUGUCUGGAGUGUGCUAAUGAUAAGAUAACUCUAAGCAAUGGUACAGACAAUUCCUCUGAUUGUCUUGAUGCAGCACCAAUACUUUGUAAACCAGAUGUAUGUCAAAGAGGAAAUUGUUCAAUCAGAAAUCAUGACUUCUAUUGCCAGUGUCCAGAAGGAUACUAUGGGAGACGCUGUGAAAUGGAAGUAAAUCACUGUUUGUCAGAACCAUGUUACAAUAAUGGUACAUGUACAAGUACACCUAACAAUUAUACAUGUGAUUGUCUUAAUGGAACAGAUGGAGCAAGAUGUGAAACCGAUGUAAAUUCUGAAUGUACAAAUAGUACAUGUAAAAAUGGGGGAGUGUGUAUAAAUAAGAUAAACUCUUUUAGCUGUAUAUGUCCUGUUAAAUACAAAGGACCUAACUGUGAAAUGCAGACAGACAUAUGCAAUGUUAAACCAUGCCUCAAUAAGGCUAAGUGUGAAAACUACAACAAUGUUCGGAGGAAAUGUAUCUGUCAGCCUGGUUUUACUGGGGUUGAUUGUGAAACUGAUAUCAAGGAGUGUGAUUCUAAUCCAUGUUAUAAUGAUGCAACAUGUCAAGACAAAGAAAAUGGAUAUUUCUGUCAAUGUAAAAAUGGUUAUUCUGGUACCCGAUGUGAGGUUCGUACCAGUCCAUGUGUCAACUGUAACGGUGGAACUUGUGUAGAUGAUUAUAGAUUAGACUCCUACAGAUGUAUCUGUAAUGAAGGCCUGUCUUAUGGAGAAUUUUGUGACUUCAAACUACAUGUCAAUACUCUUCCAUCAAUGCCUCUAAGGGAGGCUUCCACUAAUGAAAAUUACACAGCCAGUGAAUGCAGAUCUACUUGUGACAAAGCUUUAAGUAGUUGUCAGGGCUUUGUUUACCAACCAACUGAUAAAAUGUGCUACAUAUUGAACAGUUCUUUGAUCGGUAUAGAGAUGUCUACAAACUCAAGCUAUGACUUUUAUGUUCAUCGUUGUAUCAGACCUGUAGAUGAUUUCUACACUCCAUGGUUUAAUAUUGACAGUCCAAAUACAGGCAAGGGUGAUAAUGAGAGAAUAAAAAGACUUAGAAGAAAGUAUGGUAUGGAUAUAUGUGGAGGAACCAAGCCAGUUGGAGCAGAGUGUCGUGUGUUUAAUAAGACACUGACAUAUCACUAUGAGACAGGAGAUACGUUUUCAUUGCCUUGUGGUACUAAGGGUUUGAAAUGUGAUAGUGGUCCAAAGAAUCCAUGUGAGGAUUAUGAAGUACGGUACAGAUGUAGUGCCAAUAAAGUUUUCAAGGGGAGAACAUGUACAGACCUAUUAUUCUGUGAUUAUAAUGAUAGUCCAUGUCAGAAUGGAGCUACAUGCUUCAAUGAAGUUGGUGGAUUCCGCUGUAAUUGUAAACCUGGUUAUACUGGUUCCCUGUGUCAACAUAACAUUGAUGACUGUCCAUCUGUUAACCCUUGUCUGAAUGGAGGAAAAUGCAAAGAUAUUCUGAAUGGCCAUGAAUGUGACUGUCCAAAGGGAUACACAGGAAGCAUCUGUCAGAACAAUAAACCUGACUGUUACUCUGGUGCCUGCUCUAAUAGAGGAACCUGUAUUGAUGGUGUGAACACAUAUUCCUGCCAAUGCUUUGAUGGGUUUACAGGAAGCAAUUGUUCAACAAACAUAGACGAUUGUGCCAUAAAUCCCUGUUUGCAUGGUGGCAAAUGUCAGGAUGGACAGAAUGAUUUUCUUUGCACUUGCCCAACAGGGUGGACAGGCAAGAGAUGUGAAAAUAUUAUCAACCUCUGUGAGAUGAAAAGUCCAUGUCCUUCAUCAGCUAAUUGUACAUAUCUUUUCAAUGAUUAUUAUUGUAGAUGCCCAGAGAAAACAUAUGGGAAUUACUGUGAGAAUUCCUUAGAUACCUGUCGUGAUGUUAAUCCAUGUAUAAAUGAAGGGAAGUGUGACAAUGCUGCUUUGCCGAACUGUGAUUAUUACACAGGAAAAGGUUGUCACACAUUGAUCAAUCACUGUGUUGAGAAAGACAAAUGUAAAAAUGGAGGCACAUGUCAAACAUUAGCUGAUGGAGUUGGUUUCAAAUGUAUUUGUAAAUCAGGGUUUACUGGAGUUAACUGUGAGACCAAUAUUGAUGACUGUGUAGCUGUAAAGUGUCCUAUAACUUCUGUAUGUAGAGACAUGGUUAAUGAUUAUUACUGUAGAUGUAACCUUGGUUUAACUGGUGAAUACUGUGCAAGAGAAUUAGACACAAACUAUGAUUUGUUGUUCUAUUUACCUGCCCAUAAUGGCUAUGCUGCCUUGCCUUACCCCAUAAAGCUGACUGGUAGUGGUAUAACAAUCAGUAUGUGGGUUAAAUUCCAAGUCAGUGGUAACAAACAGAUAUAUUUUACCUUGUAUAGUGUUAGUGCUAUGAAUAGUAUUGAGAAUCCAGAGGCAAUGAUAGUGUUUCAUAAUAUGGGUGUAGAUGUUACUGACCAAAGUGGAAAGAAAACAAUCACACAGAACUACUUUACAAUUGAUAAUGGGGAAUGGCACAAUGUUGUUUUUACUUGGGAUGAAAAAUCUGGUGGAAAUUAUAUCAUUAACAGUAUAAGUCAAGGAACAAAUACUGCAAUCAUUUUUAAAAACAACUUUAAUCAUAAUAUUUGGAUAGUUAUUGGUGACAACUUAGGACCAAACACAAAACAGUCAACUAAUGAAGGCUUUAAAGGGUACAUCAGUCAGUUAAAUAUUUACAACAGAGCUUUAGACUUUGAAUCAGAAAUUGCUGUAAUUCAUUCCAAACCUCAAGUGGUUUUUAUAGGAGCCAUACUUAGAUGGGAUGAAUUUGUCUUGCACAAAGGUGUACGACCUGUUUACCCAUCACAUGCGUCAAGAGAAGGUUGUGUUUUGGGCAAAAGUUGUAUCAAAAAAGGCAUAAACAAAACACCGCCAUCAAUUGUUAACUGUCCAUCAGAUUUGCAUAUCUACAGCAAAGAAAGAUUUAUAACAGUUUCCUGGAAAGAGCCUACUAUUAAAGGAGCUAGCACUGUAAACAGAAGGUAUAGGUCUGGAGAUACCUUCCUAUGGGGUAAAUACCAGAUGAUCUAUGAAGCCAUUGAUGAUGAUUCUAACUCACAAUUCUGUAAUUUUAACAUUUAUGUUCAGUCUGAUGUUUGUAAUAAGUUACCUGACCCUUGGGGAGGUGAACAGAUGUGUGAAAAAAAAGGAUCAUAUCAAGGGUGUACAAUCAGAUGUAAAAAUACUAAAACAGAAAGAAUCUCACAUUAUCAUCCCAUACUGUAUACAUGUGGACCAUCAGGAAGUUGGAAUCCAGCAAUGCCAUCUCAUCCAUUGCUUUACCCACCAUGUGGACCAAUAAAUGGAUUUCCCAAAAAGAGGCUUAAUAUAGUUUUAUCCUAUCCUAACAUAACAACAGCAAACUGUCCUGGUGUAAAAGAAGCUCUGGAAGUAGAGGUCAAGAAGUCCGUUAAAAAGAUUAAUGCCUACUGGGACUCGAAACUAUGUACUAAAGCAGAUUGUUCUAAUACAACUGUGGUUGUUGAUUGUGGAACUCUUGCUGAUAGACGCAAAAGAGCUGUCAGUAUAACCAACGUUCAGAUUACUAUACCUAAGUCUCUGAAAAAUUUGAAAGAUUUAACCAUUAAUCAGGAAGUUCUGUCAGCUGAGGACGUAAUUAGACGGGAAGUUUUAGAUUCUAAAAAUUUUGAUUUUUCUAGUCCAAUACCAGGUGGAGAGUUAGAUCCUAGCGGCUUUAAAUUGACUUCUACUGAAGUAUGUGGUGAUAAUGAAACCGUCAUUGAUGGAUAUUGUGUUAAGUGUGGACCAGGAACCUACAUAAAUUCUACUACAAAGAUCUGUGAGAGUUGUCCUAUAGGUACGUACACCACCAGGGAUGGACAAACGAAGUGUCAGAAGUGUGCAGCUGGGACAACUACAGAGACAGAAGGAUUAAACAACCCUAAAUUUUGUUACCCUUUAUGUCCAGUUGGUCAGAAAUAUAAUAAAGGGGAUUCCAAGUGUGAAGAUUGUGGUCUAGGAUACUACCAAGAGAAGGCAGGACAGUUCUACUGUGAAUGGUGUGGGUUAGGAAAGACCACUAGAGAAACAAAUACAACAUCAGCCAGUUUUUGUUAUGAUGUAUGUCUAGCUGGGAAACAGUUAGCUGCUAAUGGUGGCUGUGAGGACUGUCCAGAGGGAACUUACAAAAACGUGGGAUCUAAGUGUAUCGCUUGUCCACAAGGGACCACAACCUUAAGUACAGGAGCUUCACUACAGACAGAUUGUAACAUAAAAGCUUGUGAAGCUGGAUACAAACGUGUUGGUACCAGUACAUGUGAGAAAUGUCCCAUUGGUACAUACCAGCCACAGAAAUGGCAGACGUCAUGUUUAUCAUGUGGUGGAGAUCGUUACAGAACUGACCAGGAAGCAUCUUCAUCCAAAGAUGAUUGUAAAUAUUUUUGUCUUUCCGGCUAUGAAGCUGUUGUAUCAUCUUGUGUGCCAUGCAAAGAAGGAUUCUUUAAAGACAAUACUGUCAGUAUAUAUGGAAAAUGUAAACAGUGUCCAUAUCAAAAAACAACUGUUAAUAUGGCCUCAAAAUCAUUAAAAGAUUGCUCUGUCUAUAAUUGUCCUCCUGGAUACAUGUCAGACAUAUUGGGUACCAGAUGUGUAAUAUGUCCUGUAGGAACCUAUCAACCCUUCCAUAAUGAGACUACCUGCUACCCAUGCAGUUCUUGGCUGAGUACAGUACAAACUGGAUCAACUAAUGUUCAACAGUGUUUAAAUUACUGUCCCCCUGGACAAGAACGACAUCCAGAUGGUUUCUGUUUUGACUGUGGAAUCGGCUUCUAUAAACAUAAUAAAGAUAAUUACUUCAUGCCAUGUACAGCUUGUCCUGAUGACUACACAACACUUGGGGCAAAAUCUAUAUCCAUGUCACAAUGUACUAUGAGAAAGUGUAUGCCUGGUUCAAUGAGAAAAGCUGACAACACAGGUUGUUUACCUUGUCCUAGAGGAACAUACCAGGACUUACCAUACCAGACAACAUGUAAACAAUGUCCUGAAUAUAGCUUUUCAAGAAGAGAAGGAGCUUUUAGCAUAACACAGUGUGAAAGUUACUGUGAUCUAGGUUAUGAGAAGGACAGUAACAAUCACUGCACUCCGUGUGGAAUAGGAUAUUACAAAAACAAUGAUUUUGACAAGUUUGUUAAAUGUACACCAUGUCCAGUGGACCGUAUUACCACAUCAAUUGGAGCUACAUCUAUAUCACAGUGCACACAAGGUAACUGUUCACCUGGAUAUAAGAUAGUCAGAACUGGAUGUCAAAUCUGUCCGAUAGGUACUUACCAAAGUCUCAAAUGGCAGGAUGAAUGUAUUCCUUGCCCUCUACAUAAAUCUACAGUGUCUGCUGGAUCUACAGACUACAGUGAUUGUAUUUUUAGUUGUGAUCCUGGAUAUGAAGAUACAUUUGGUGGCUGUGUCAAAUGUCAGAUAGGUUAUUAUAAAUCUGAAAAGAAAGCCAGUAGUUGUACAAAGUGUCCUAAGGGGAAAAUUACAUCAGAUUUUGCAGCCACUAGUUUUCUUGAUUGUAAUAUACCGGACUGUCCUGCAGGGUAUAAACUUGUGAGUAGAUGUACCAAUUACAACUGUGAUAGACAAUGUGAAGUUUGUGGAUACGAUUAUUACCAACCAUCCACGAGACAACACAAUUGUAUUUAUUGUGGAACUGGAUAUACUACAUUUGACCUACAAAAUGCACAGACUAAAUUACACUGUAAACUUGAUUGUGCCAGUGGGAGUGAGAUAAAUCCAUCAGACCCUCUGUCAUGUCGUACAUGUGCGAUUGGUUACUAUAGAGAUGGUUCAGAUAGAAAGAUGAGAUCAUGCCAGUUAUGUCCCUUGGAUUUCAUCACUUCUGAAUUAGGAGCCACUAAUAUAAAUAACUGUAUUGUCAGAAACUGUACACAGCCUGGCACAUACAGAAACUCUGUCAAUAAUAGAUGUACACCCUGCCCAGUGGGAACAUAUAACCACCUUAAAUGGCAAGACUCUUGUACACCAUGCCCUGAUGGGUAUACGACAGCCACCACUGGGUCGACUAAUGUCAGUAUCUGUAUCCGUGAUUGUCCAUCUGGUUAUGAUCAUGAUGGUUCAGUCUGUCGUCCUUGUCCUGUCGGAAAGUACAGAGAUAAAGACAAGAGUGGAUUAAGCUGUCGAACCUGUCCAAAUGGAUAUACUACUGCUAAGACUGGAUCUAUAUCAUCAUCCAUGUGUAACCAAUCUCCUUGCAACUUAGGAGAAUAUCUGAACACUGGAACAAAUAAAUGUGUAAAAUGUAAAUUGCAUCAUUACCAAGACAAUACCGGAGGAUUUAAUUGUAAGCUGUGUCCUAAUGGCAAAUAUACAGAACAAAUUGGAAGUGUUAGCCUAGGUGCUUGUAAGAGUUACUGUGAUGAUAAGACGAAGAAUAACUGUACUGCCACCUCAAUUUGUCAAGACAAUGUAGUUGGUGGAUUUAUCUGUGUGUGUAUCACUGAUCAUGUAAAACAAAAGGGUGUAUGUAAACAUAAGUGUGAUACUGGUUAUUGUUCACAUGGAACCUGCAACAGAAAGCCACUAUCCUGCUCAUGUCCUGAGGAAUAUAGUGGAACAACAUGUCAAACUCGUAAAUCUUCAUCAGGAUGGACUAGAACAGAGAAGAUCAUAGCUGGAUCUGUUGCUGGUGGAAUAGGACUCCUUAUUAUAAUUAUAUUUAUUGUUUGCUGUUUCACCAUGCCAUUAUGGAGAAGGAAUCGUAUGCCAUCAAUGCCAUCACCAAAUGUUCAGAAGGUUGAUGUUGAUGACAAUGCUAAUCCAUACAGUAUGCCAGUUGUUCAUCAACCACUGCUCUACCAUGAUCGUGAUGUAGAUAGAGUUAGUAUGUUCAACAUAGUUCCCGUUCAUCAACCUACCUAUUACGAUAACUACUUUAGUGGUACAGGACCUAGGGGACAACUACAUUUCAGAGAUCCCUUGCCAGAAUACAUGAAGGAAGAAAAACUACAACUACCAGAUAUACCAGUAAUCUAUCAGGAUAAUGCAACAUAUUCCACAGAUCAACCUGCAGUUUAUAUACCAAAGUCAGCACAGAGAGAUCUUAAAAAAAGAGACAAUCUUUGAAUCCCAUCCUGUGUUUCAUCCUUACAACUUUUCAUCUUUGGAAAUACAAAGUUCAUUAGUUUGUCAGCAAUGUUUUCAGAUUGAUUACCAAGUUGAUAGCAUUGCUACCAUAUUUAUUAUUUUCACAGAUAUAAUAAAUACAUCAUCAUUCAUUUUCAUGUCAGAGUGAUUCAUAUUUAUUUGUUAUUUGUGUAAUUAUGAUGAAGUGUUGAUGGGAAAUCUGUGAAAUUUUAAUGUGAUGAGGCAGUGAAUAAAAAUAUCAUAAAGUAGGGAAAAAAAUAAACAAAAAUUAAUCAUUGUCAGAACUAAGUUCAUAUUUUUCUUCCUAUACUAAAUAAUGACAAUGUAAUAAGUUAAUGACAAUGAAGUAAGUUAUGAAUCUUUAAUGAUUAGUGCUAUUUUUAUAAAAAUUGGUUGUUACUUGCAGUUGUUAAAGUUUUGCAUUUGCUUUUGUCAGAUCUGUUAGUUCCCUUUAGUAGUAUAAAUAUUUACCAUUAAUUGAUUAACAUAUUACAAAAAGUUCUAUGAUAAACAUUUAGGUAUAUCAUUUUAUGUAUAUUCUGUAGUUUUGUCAUGCAAUGUGGUAACUUGGUCCCUUUCCUUAAUUACUAAUAUCUACAUACUUACCAAGUUGGGAAAGUUGACGAAUGUAAUAUGUCUAACAUGCAGACAACAGUAUUCACACAGAAUUACCUAUAUAGAAUUAUGUUGAAAAUUUACUGGUCUUUUGUGACUCAUAUCUUUAAAAAAAAAAUCCAUAUUUUUGUAUUCUUAAAGAAAACUUCAAUUAAAGUAAUUUUUAGAGUUACAGACAUAAAAAAAUUUACUAUUAUUUUUAUGUUUAGAGAAUUGAUGUAGUUUGUUGAAUUAUUGUAGUUUGUUUUAUAGCAAACAUCUACUGCUAAUUGAAAAAAAUCUACAUACAAAUGUAUAUAGUAAACAAAAAUAUAUAU